AUGACGUCACUCCAAGGUGGCCGGCUCAGCGCGGGGCGUGACGCCACGCGGGCGGGCCGGGCUACCGUGAGGUCACCUGGUGGGCGCGGCCAGGCCGAAUCCCCAGUGUCGUCACGGGAGGGGGCGUGGCCAGAGCGUGUCAGCGAAGCCGAAUCAAAACAAGCCCGAGACCCGCCUUUUCCCUCCGGCUCGGGAGCGUCUAGCUUGCGCCCCGAGCCCGCGGCGCCCGCGCGGCUGCGAGCCUCGGGUGGCCGCGCGCCGGCUCCAGGAAGCCGGGGAGGGCGCGGCGGCCGGGAUGGCGCGGCGCGGGCCGCGCGGCUAGACGGGCGCCAGAGGAGCCGCCGGCCCCCGCUGGUGACGCCAAGAACGGUAAGACGGGGCCGGAGGGGAGAGCGCCAACUUACUCGCCGACGGGGACGGCGCGUCGGCGGGGCCCUGGGUGGCGCGGGCGAUGCGUGGACAAUGCGAGAGUCAGGAAGUGCUCACCCCGCCCCUCCGCCCCGCCGCGGCUGCCCCUUCCCGGUCCCCACGCCCGGCGGCGGCGAUCGAUCGGCGGCCCCGGCUCGGUGUCCGCGCGGCGCACAGGUCGCGCGCCCCGUGCAGCCUGCGCCCCAGACUCCAAGGGACUCCUGGGUGCCUGGCUGCGGCGGCGCUCCGCUCGGGCCCUGCCCUUCGUGCCCGCGCUGGCAAAAAGCCCCUUGCGCCACGCCGCUGCUCUGCAGCCUCGGGAGGCCGGUUGACCUGGAGAAGGACGACUACCAGAAGGUGGUGUGCAACAACGAGCACUGCCCUCACAGCGCCUGGAUGCACCUGCAGUGCUUCUACGAGUGGGAGAGCAGCAUCCUGGUCCAGUUCAACUGCAUCGGCCGGGCCCGCAGCUGGAACGAGAAGCAGUGCCGCCAGAACAUGUGGACCAAGAAGGGCUACGACCUGGCCUUCCGCUUCUGCUCCUGCCGCUGCGGCCAGGGCCACUUGAAGAAGGACACGGACUGGUACCAGGUGAAGCGGAUGCAGGAUGAGAAAAAGAAGAAGUCGGGCUCGGAGAGGAACACCGGGAGGCCCCCCGGUGAGGCAGUGGAGGAGGCCAAGAAGUGCCGGCCGCCCACCAAGCCCCAGAAAGGCCUGAGCCACGACCUCCCCCGCCGGCAUUCCAUGGACCGGCAGAACUCCCAGGAGAAGGGCGGCGGGGCCGCGGCCUACGGGGCGCGCUCCCCCUGCGGCUCCCCGGGCCAGUCCCCGCCCACUGGCUACUCCAUCCUCUCCCCCGCCCACUUCAGCGGCCCCCGCUCCUCCAGGUACCUCGGGGAGUUCCUAAAGAACGCCAUCCACCUGGAGCCUCACAAGAAGGCCUUGGCGGGGGGCCACGUGUUCCGAAACGCCCACUUUGACUACAGUCCGGCCGGGUUGUCAGUUCACAGGGGGGGCCACUUCGACGCGCCCGUGCAGUUCCUGCGGCGCCUGGACCUGUCCGAGCUCCUCACUCACAUCCCCCGGCACAAGCUGAACACUUUCCACGUGCGGGUGGAGGACGAUGCCCAGAUGGGCCAGGGCGAGGAUCUGCGGAAGUUCAUCCUCGCGGCCCUCAGCGCCAGCCACAGGAACGUGGUGAACUGUGCCCUGUGCCACCGGGCACUCCCGGUGUUCGAGCAGUUCCCGCUGGUGGACGGAACUCUGUUCUUAAGCCCCUCGAGACACGAUGAGAUCGAAUACGAUGUUCCCUGUCACCUUCAAGGGAGGCUCAUGCAUCUGUAUGCAGUGUGCGUGGACUGCCUGGAAGGGGUUCACAAGAUCAUCUGCAUCAAGUGUAAGUCGCGGUGGGAUGGCAGCUGGCACCAGCUGGGCACCAUGUACACCUAUGACAUCCUGGCCGCCUCUCCAUGUUGUCAGGCCCGCCUGAACUGUAAGCACUGCGGGAAGCCAGUGAUCGACGUGCGGAUUGGGAUGCAGUAUUUCUCCGAGUACAGCAACGUCCAGCAGUGUCCACACUGUGGCAACCUGGACUACCACUUCGUGAAGCCAUUUUCCUCCUUCAAAGUUCUCGAAGCUUAUUGA